UUAAGUAGAUAAUAUUAUUUAUAAGGAAAUGCCGGCAUCGACAUGUGGCUCAUGCUCGAAUGGGCAUUGGAUAACCAUAAGCAUAUUUCAAUCAAUGAUGCAGCAGCUAAGGCGAAUCUCAUUGCCUCGCUUGCAGCGCAGCUCGACCUUGAGCCUGUUGAGUAGAUGCAGACGCUCAACGUCCACGGAUGCUCCUACUGAGGAGCUGGAUGCCUUUGAGCGUGACUACUUGAAACAACGCAUAGAGAUAACAACAUUCCAAAGGCUGUUACUGGGUGCCGGCUCUUCCAUAGCCUCUUUACUUAAUCCACACAGACAUGAUAUGAUUGCCUGCCUAGGCGAGACAACGGGUGAGAAUGCACUCUGGAAUAUUUUGGAUACCAUGCAGGCGAGUGAGGAAGGGCGCCGCAUCCUGGUCGACAAGCCACGCAUCAAUACCAAAACCAUUGACUUAAACGCUUUGCAAGCGUUGCCCUCGGAUUCAUUUGGUUUUGCCUAUGCCAAGUUCUUGAAAGAUAACAAUGUGACGCCUGAUACGCGUAUGGAGGUUCGUUUUCUAGAAGAUCCAAAACUGGCCUAUAUAAUGACGCGAUAUCGCGAAUGCCACGAUUUAGUGCACGCUGUACUGGAUAUGCCAACAAAUAUGCUCUGUGAGGUGACAGUCAAGUGGGUAGAAGCUCUGAACAACGGACUGCCCAUGUGCUAUGGGGCAGCAGUGUUUGGGGCGGUGCGGUUGCGACCUAGACAACGUCGAGAAUACUUGAAGCGUUAUUUGCCGUGGGCCAUCGAAAAUAGCAAGCAAAUGAAGCCACUAAUGCCGAUUUACUGGGAGAAGCGUUGGGAACAAAAAGUGAAUGACUUACGCGCCGAAUUGGGCAUUAAACCGUUUCAAUAA